AUGGCUACCGAGACCACAGCGCAAGCACCGCAAUUGGCGGUGUUAGACUUCUUCUUCCCCGGCUUUUCCAUGGCCGCCGGUAUCGUACAGAAGUAUUUCCACAUCGACCUCAACCUUUACAUCCCGUUAGUUAUGCUCUGUGGAGCCCUGAUGGUCACCUGGAACUAUUCGAGCCAGUAUUUUUGGGACCGGGUGGAAACGCAUUUCAUGUCAAGCGUUGACAUCCGCACCGACGAUGAAAUCUACAAUAUUAUCAUGACCUGGGUCGCGAACCAGCGCUUCUCUCAAGGCGCCCGGCGCUUCGUGGUCAACACGAACCUGAAUUCGCGAUCAUGGUAUCUCUGGCGAUGGGAUGACGAGAGCGACGAGGAAGAUAGUAACGACGAGUCCGGCCCAAGCAACGAGACCAAGAAAAAGGCCCUGUCGUACACACCUUCUUUCGGGACGCACUAUUUCUGGUUUCGCGGACGCCUGCUCCUCUUCAAGCGUAACUCGAAGGAGCAGAAGAGCAAUUUCAUGGCCGUGAGUGAACGCGAGGAGAUCUCGGUCUGCUGCUUCGGCCGCAACCCCUGGGUCCUGAAAGAGCUGUUGUACGAGGCUCGCCUGCUAUACAUGGAGAAGGACCAGAAAAAGACGCUCAUCUAUCGCGGUACCACUCGCUCCGGAUCGGCCGAGCCAGCUUGGCAACGCUGUAUGGCUCGCACGUCUCGGCCCUUCUCAACCGUCAUCCUCAACGAGAAAACCAAGCAGGAUCUCAUCAGCGACGUUACGGACUACCUUCAGCCAUCUACGCAGCGCUGGUACUCCAACCGCGGUAUCCCCUACCGCAGGGGCUAUCUUCUGCAUGGGCCUCCUGGUACGGGCAAGAGCUCGCUCUCCCUCGCCCUCGCUGGUUUUUUCAAGAUGCGUAUCUACAUUGUCUCACUAAGCUCUAUCACGGCUAGUGAGGAGAACCUCGCAACUCUCUUCGCCGAGCUCCCGCGCCGCUGCGUCGUGCUCCUCGAGGAUAUCGACACAGCCGGCCUGACCCACACGCGCGACAACGGCACCGGAAACAACAGUUCUUCGGCGGCAACAGGCCCCGAGCCCCUGGAGCCGGGCCAGCUCACGCCCGGCAACGGCGACACGACCAACAAGGACAACAACAAUAACAACUCGCCCGGCCGGCUCUCGCUCUCGGGCCUGCUCAACAUCCUCGACGGCGUCGCCUCGCAGGAGGGCCGCGUCCUCAUCAUGACGACCAACCAUGUGGAGAAGCUCGACAAGGCGCUGAUCCGGCCCGGGCGCGUCGACAUGAUCGUCGAGUUCGGGCGCGCCGACAGCGGCAUGACGGCCGCCAUCUUCCGCGCCAUCUUUGCCCGGCUGGACGGCGACGAGGCACCCCCAUCGUCAUCGCCAUCAUCAUUAUCUUCAUCGUCGUCGAUGGCCACACGUGAGGCGGCGGAGAAGCUCGUGGACCCGGAGGUCCUGAAGAGGCUAGCCAGAGAAGAGGAGCGCAGGCAGAAGGAGGACGACGAGCGCGUCGAGGCCAUGGCGCUCGAGUUCGCGGCCAAGAUCCCGUCCCACGAGUUCAGCCCCGCAGAGCUACAGGGUCACCUGCUCAGGCACAAGAGGGACCCCCGGGCUGCCAUCGACAAGGCCGAGGAGUUUGUCGAGCAGACGAGGAGAGAUCGGAAGGACAAGGAGCUCAAGGAGGCCGAGGACAGGCGCAAGGCUGCGGAGAAGAAGGCGAAGGACGAUGAGAAGAAGUCGAAGGAAGAGGCCGAGGCCAAGAAGAAGACCGACGAGGCCAAGGCCAAGGAAGAGAAGAAGGAGCGCAGGAAAAAGGCUAAGAAGGAGGAGCAGCGGAAGAAGAGAAAGGAAUCUAAGAAGUCGGGCUCCGGCUCGGAUUCGGAUUCAUCUUCGUCUGACGGGUCCUCUGAUGCCGAGGUUGAGAAAAAGGAGACGGCGGAGAGUUCUAAAGCCGACGACAAGCCUGCGCCAGAUACCGAUAUCACGGUCAUCAAGUCUAAACAUGAGAAGAAGGACUCGGGAUACGGGACACCCACGAGUGUUGAGGUGUAG